AUGCAUUCCGCCGAAGAGAUCUCCGACGCGACAGGUGCUGUGAGCACCGGCAGUGACGACACUCUUUCGUCGUCCGCGACCACAAACCGAAAGACAUCUACAAGUGGCGCAAAUGGCGCAGAGGGCCCAAUUGUUGUCAAGAAGGAGAAGAAGAGAAGCAAAUAUCGACAUGUAGCAGCAUAUCACGCCAAAGUGCGUCAUUCCAGUCUCACGCGCGAACCCAAUGUGACGGCGAGUUUCCUCGGCUUUCGCAAUUUGAUGGUGAUCGUCCUAGGUGAGAUUGACCUGGCCAGUCUUGCUAGAGCGCUCCUGCUUGGAAAAUGCUUAUAUUCUUUUUUUUUCGCUUCAGUGGCGAUGAACCUUCGACUCAUCAUCGAGAACUUCAUGAAGUAUGGCGUUCUGAUCUGCAUCAAAUGUCAUGACUACCGCAAACAGGACGUGGUCUUAGGAUCGAUCCUCUUUGCCCUCGUACCAUAUCAUCUUUUCAUCUCCUAUCUCAUUGAGUUGACUGCGUCGAAGCAGGCCAAGCAGGUCGUCGGCCAAAGAAAGAAGAAUGGUUCCGCGGAGGCAGCUGAGCGCGAUCAGCGGACUUUCCGGCUUACCUGGUGGCUUUCUGCUUUCUUCCAUUGCAUUAACACUCUAUUAAGUCUUGGGGUCACCAGUUUCGUCGUGUACUUCUACAUCCAUCACCCUGGAAUUGGCACUCUGUGUGAGCUGCAGGCCCUCAUCGUCUCGUUCAAGAUCUGCUCGUAUGCUUUCACCAAUCGCGACUUGCGCGAGGCAAUGCUCAACCCAUCUAUGGAGUCGGCACUCCCGGAGAUCUACUCGUCCUGCCCGUACCCCCGCAACAUCACUCUCGGAAACCUCAUCUACUUCUGGUUGGCCCCUACUCUAGUUUACCAGCCCGUUUAUCCGAGGUCAUCACACAUUCGAUGGUCCUUUGUGGCGAAGCGUUUGUUCGAGUUCUUUUGCCUGACUGUAUUCAUCUGGCUUCUCUCCGCUCAAUAUGCGGCACCCGUUCUCCGGAAUUCCAUCGACAAAAUCGCUGUGAUGGAUGUUGCGUCGAUCCUAGAGCGGGUGAUGAAACUAUCCACCAUCUCCCUUGUGAUCUGGCUAGCUGGCUUCUUUGCAGUGUUUCAGUCGCUGUUGAAUGCGCUAGCCGAAGUCCUGCGCUUCGGUGACCGCGAAUUCUAUACCGACUGGUGGAACAGCUCCAGCCUCGGAGGGUACUGGCGGUCGUGGAAUCGGCCUGUGUAUCUUUUCAUGAAGCGACACGUGUUUUCACCACUCGUCGGACGAGGGUGGAGUCCGCUCGCGGCGAGUACUGUUGUGUUUCUGGUCUCCGCUGUUCUCCACGAGAUGCUGGUUGGAAUUCCGACACAUAAUCUGAUCGGAGUCGCCUUUGCGGGGAUGUUGUUCCAAUUGCCGCUGAUUGCGAUCACGGCCCCGUUAGAAAAGAUCAAGGACCCAUCAGGCAGGGUGAUAGGAAACUCGAUCUUCUGGGUUAGUUUCUGCCUAGUCGGUCAACCUCUGGGAGCGCUGUUAUAUUUCUUUGCCUGGCAAGCGAAAUAUGGCAGUGUGAGCAAAAUGGAGGUGUAG